GAAUUCGAAAACUGAAAUCUACUCUUUUUAAAGACUGUAAAAAGGUUUGUAAUGUGAGUAUUAUCUAACGUACGAAAUUUUUCUCUCAAAGGUCAAAAUAGAGUUUGUCGACUUGUUCUAUAUUGUAAAUAAUGUCAUAAUUAGAAUGAGAAAACACUAUACAAAUACAUGCUUAAGAUUGUGCUAUAAAAUUACUGGGAUUCAGUCUUCAUCUUUAUCAACCUUUUCAUCUGAAAUAAUCCCAAAAACCCAGAUUUCUGCUCGGAAACUCCAAAGUGUUCGUCGAGAAUUUGCCCAUCUUUUACAAUUACCCAGCUUUUCAGAAAAACCCAUUUUGUACUGUAAACAAAUUCAUGGCUACCUUCUUGUUUCUGGUCUUGGGUACGAUAUUUUUCUGGGAAACAUUCUUUUGCAUUUGUACUCUAAACUGGGUUGUAUUAGUUAUGCACAGAAAGUGUUUGAUAAAAUGCCUAAGAGAAACUUGAUAUCUUGGUCUACCAUGGUUAAAAUUUAUGUGCAGCAUGGUUUUGCUGAAGAGGGUUUAAUGGCCUUUUCAGAAUGUAGGAGGAGUUGCAAUGAGAAACCUAAUGAGUAUGUAUUAGCAAGCGUCGUGCGUGCUUGUGUGCAGAUGGGCGUUCUGGCACAGGGAACUCAAGUGCAUGGUUUUGUUGUAAAGAGUGGUUUGAGUGAACAUGUGUAUGUGGGUACUGCCUUGACUGAUUUUUAUGCGAAGAUAGGUGAUAUCGAUGAUGCUAGAAUGGUGUUUGAUGAGCUGAAAGAGAAAAGUUUGUUUACUUGGACUAUAAUGAUGACAGGAUAUGCUAAGAGUGGAAGAAGCGAUGUUUCAGUUAUGCUGUUUCAUCAGUUGAUGAGGGAUCAUGAUGUCCCUGAUAGAUAUGCUCUUUCUAGUGUACUAAAUGCCUGCUCAGUGCUCGAGUAUUUUGAAGGGGGGAAGCAAAUUCAUGCUUAUGUAUUGAGAAGACGAAUGGAAUUGGACAAUUCUGUAAUGAAUGUGCUGUUAGAUUCUUAUGUGAAAUGUGGUAGAGUAAAAAGUGGAAGGAAGUUAUUUGACCAGAUUGAUGCAAAAGAUGCUAUUUCUUGGACCACUAUGAUUGCUGGAUACAUGCAGAAUUCGUUUCAUGUCGACGCCUUACAAUUGUUUCAUGAAAUGAACAGAUGUGGUAGGAAGCUUGAUGAUUUUGUUUGCUCAAGCGUUCUCAAUUCAUGUGGUUCACUUGAAGCUCUUUUGCCAGGAAAACAGGUCCAUGCUUAUAUUAUUAAAGCAAAUCUCGAGUCUGAUGGAUAUGUGAGAAAUGGACUGAUUGAUAUGUAUUCAAAGUGUAAUUCCCUUGCUGAUGCAAGAAUGGCAUUUGAUUCUGUGAUUCAGAACAAUGUGACAUCUUAUAAUGCAAUGAUCGAGGGAUACUCAAGAUUGGGAAUGAUCUCUGAAGCAUUGAAUUUGUUCCAUGACAUGAGGAUUAAGCUGCUACAUCCCAGUCUCUUAACAUACGUUAGCAUUCUUGGGGUAACAGCAUCACUUUCUUUUUUGGAAUUAAGCGAGCAAAUUCAUGGCCUUAUCAUCAAGGUAGGUGUGUCUAGCAACUUGUUUGCAAGCAGUGCCUUGAUAGAUGUCUAUUGUAAAUGCAAUUUUCUCGAGGAGGCAAGACUGGUGUUUAAUGAGAUCAGUGAGAAAGAUGUGGUAGUGUGGAAUGCUUUGCUCUUUGGCUAUACUCAACAGCUGGAAAAUGAAGAGGCUCUUAAGCUUUACAGUCAAUUUCAAGUGGCUGGACAAAAGGCUAAUGAGUUCACUUUUGUUGCAAUGCUCACUGCAGCAAGUAAUCUUGCAAGUCUUCGCCAUGGUCAACAGUUUCAUUGUCAGCUAAUGAAAUCUACCUUAGACAGUGAUGCUUUUGUCACAAAUGCCCUGUUGGAUAUGUAUGCUAAGUGUGGAUGCUUACAAGAUGCAUACAAGUUAUUUAAUAUCACAGCGUGGAAGGAUAUUGCCUGUUGGAAUUCUAUGAUUUCCACUUAUGCAAAUCAUGGAGUAGCUGAAGAAGCUCUUUCCUUGUAUGAGAAGAUGCUCCAAGAUGGGUUGCCAAACUAUGUGACAUUUAUUGGGCUUCUCUCGGCAUGCAGCCAUGCAGGCCUUGUAGAAGCUGGGCGUGAACAUUUUGACACGAUGCUCAGCUACGGAAUUGAACCAGGUAUGGAGCAUUAUGCCUGCAUGGUGUCUCUCUUUGGACGAGCUGGUAAGCUGAAUGAUGCAAAAGAAUUUAUUGAGAAAAUGCCAGUUAAACCUGCUGCUAUAGUAUGGAGAAGCUUGCUCAGUGCCUGUCGAGCCACUGGAAAUUAUGAAUUAGGCUCUUUUGCUGCAGAGAUGGCUAUAUCCUCUGACCCAGAAGAUAGUGGAUCGUACAUUUUGCUUUCAAAUAUAUAUGCAUCCAAAGGUAUGUGGACAGAGGUGAAGGAGAUCCGGGAAAAAAUGGAAUCGAAUCUAGUGAUCAAAGAGCCAGGCUGCAGUUGGAUUGAAAUAGAUGAUAAAGUGAAUACUUUUGUGUCAAGAGACAUAUCACACUGCAGAACUGAUGAGGUCUUCUCAGUCUUGCAUAACUUGAUCAAAGAGAUGAAAGGAGUCGGUCAUGUAGUUGACACAGCUCCUACCCUAAUUGAUUAUUCUUGAAGAAAAUGAAUGACAAUUGUUCUAUUGACAGAAUUCGGAUGUCGUCAGGUUAUCUACUCAUCUGAUUUUGAUAGGUACAAGAUACUCCGUAGUUGCCAAUUGCUUAGAUAGGAAAUUCAUACGUCUCUGGUGCAAUUACUGCUAAUAAAUAUUUGGAAUACUAAUGCAGAGUCCAAUUUCAAUUGCUAUGAUAGUGAUAGUACUAAAAUUCUUUUUCAAGUUGUCACCUGUCUUUGCCUAAUGACAUUGCUGUAAUGGAGCCAUUUGGAUGGAUUAACUAUUAAGGGAUCGAUUAUUUAAAAGACUACUGGAAAUAUUAAACAAUGUAGAAAAGUAGCAGUCAAGCUUGUUGUCACCCACUCCUCCCACCCAUUAGAGAUAGUAUCAGGGAAAAGAUUGUGGAGCUCAGCAAAUACAGAACCUAGCAGGGUUUGGGUGGACGGCUACAAGGAUUCUUUUCAAUACGUAUUCGUAUUAGUCCUCAUGACUCUAUGACCUGCUGGUGGUUACUGAGACAAAUAAAGCAGCGGGAAGCUGAGAAGAAUAUGAAGCUUCUGAGACGAUCUUCUCUCUACCGAAGACUAAAGUCUUCUGAAAUUGUUGAUGGCUAUGCAGUUGAGCUGACAUCGGAUCGGAUAAUGAGCUGCAGGGACUCGCGCGAGGAUAACACUUGAACUAGAAAUCUUAGGACACUUUGAUGGAUUAGUUGGAGAUGAUCAUCAUGACAGCCAGGCUCUAGAACGUCAUGAAUCUGGUUUGAGCUCUUCAUUUUCAAAUGGUUCUCUUGUCAUGAAUCUGGUUUGAGCUCUUCAUUUUCAAAUGGUUCUCUUGCUAUUGAUCCUCCUAGAAGCAAGCAUCUUAAUGCUGGUAAUUAGCUCUGAAGUAGCUAAAAAUACACAUUAUUUGUUUUUCAAAACCAACUACUAGUCUACUACCUAGUACCUACUUGCAUCCUCUUUUCCUUGUCUUAUAAGACAAUAAACAUAGAGAUGAGAGGGGAGGGUUAGGCAUGAUUAAUGGCGGCAUCUGUGAUGGAAAAAAAAAUGGCUUACCCGCCUCAAAAUCUCUAAUACAGAUUGAUGAUAGUGAAAUACAACUCAACACUACCUUUUUUUUAAUUGUAUAUUAGUGCUAAUUAUUUACCCAAUGAAUAGAUGUAGUUAUAUCCAUCUUGAAAGCUAAAAGUGAUUAAAAAGUGUUACGAAGUAUUCCGUAGCAAUAACAACCACAAGGAGUUGAGCUUAAUUGUAGUAAUACAAGUAUUUUUUUUUGGUUCAA